AAAACACACCGUUUUCAUUUUCAUAGCCUCAAAAAUCUAGAGUCACAGAGGAGGCCCAGAACCCUGCAGAGCACUCAGCAUUCUCGGGCCAGCUAUGGCCGCUCGCUUCCCUGGAAUAUCGCUUUCGUCCUCAUCAUCGCUAAUCACACUCAUUAAAAAAUCAACGGCUGAUAAUUCCGCUAUCUACUUCAUCCAUGGCGUUUCCAGUCUCAGGUGGAAUUCUUCUUCUUACUCCUCCUCGUCAAAGCCUGACAAGAAGAUAACGGAUCGUCUGUCCGCUGUUAUAGACGCCGUCAACGACCGCAAGCUUCCUCCCGAACUCCGUGGCCAACGCAACGCUGUCAGGUCAGAAACUGAUAUUAUAAAUGUUGUUGAGCAAAGAAUUUGGCAUUCAAUGGAAGAAGGUCAAUUCGAGAACUUACCAGGGAAAGGCAAACCCCUUAACCUUAGCACUAAUCCUCAUUCUGAUCCAGCUGAAGACACUUUAUACAGAAUCCUCUCAAAAAAUGGAUGUGCACCAGAGUGGGUUGAACUCAACAAAGAGAUAAGGAGUAAAGUGUCUGAAUGGCGGGUUGCCUUGAAGAAAGCAUGGACAAAUAAAUGCAGUGGGGAUCACUCCAAAUGGAUUGAGAAAACUGUGACUUUAAAAAUGCAGAUGGGUGAUAUAAAUGAUAAGGUAAGCCCUUAGCUAUAGUUUCUCAUUGUUGCGUUGUCGUUCAGAUUUUCCGUUACAACCUCAUUGUACCUUUCGGCCGGCAGAUGUUUGGAUUGAAGUGGGAAAAGGAGCUGGAUCGUUUAAAGGAAUGAUUCUUUCUUUGUAGUGUAAAAUUGUAAUAUAUACUUGAUCAGUGCUGCUAUAUAAUAUUACUUCAGUGUUUGCUUUUGAAAUGCAGUUGGAAGUGUUUUGAGGCA